CUGGGCACAUCCACUGAGUUCUACCUGCACCUCGACGCCCGAUUACAUCACCAGACCUCCAACUCUUUUCCCUCGUCUGUCUUUCACCUUCAUUCUGAUCCGCGCCAGCAUGCGGGCAACACCACGAUGUAUUGCCAGAAGUGCCGCACACCGCUCAGACUCGACAGCUCCCUCGAGGACCUGAACCCCGCGGCUUACGAUCUCCUCGUCGCUUCUUCAUCGCAGACGUCCCCCAAGAAAACACACUCCUCGCGACUUGCGAAUCCCCAGGAUAGCCAAAGAAGAGCGCUUUACGACAAAGUAUCCCAAAAUGCAGCUUCCGCGACCUUCAAGCGCCACGGGAGCGGCCCGUCGACCUCGGCGCAAAGAGACUCGACCAUGUCCUUCAUUUACCUGACAGAAUCUCAAGUCGCGCAGCCCGUGCUUUCGAGACCCGAUCCCCCACCGACGAAUCCCAAAUCGAGAAAAGCCGGGAAGAAUGGAACGAAGGGCCAAGACGAGGCGCUGAGUGAAGCCCACAAGCGAGAGCGUAUCAAUAAGCUCUUCGAGAUUCUAUCCGCACGAUCCGACAUCGACCACCCUAUCUGCGUCGAGUGCACCGAUAUGCUAGUCGAAGGCCUGCAGAAGAGACUCGAGACCGCUGCCAAGGAGCGCGACGCCUACGUUGGGUUUCUGAAACAGGUGCAGAGCGAUAAGCCGAGCGAGGAGGACAUCAGAGCUCAGGAAGAGGCGCUGAAGCAGGCGAAGCAAGCCGAGGCGGAUGCAAUGUCAGAGCUGCUGCGCGUAGAAAAGGACAAGGCGGCGGUUGAUGCCGAAAUCGUCGCUUUGGAAGAGGAAGCUGCACAGCUCGACCGAGAGGAGGAGCAGUUUUGGCGCGAGCGUAACGCCUUUGCCACCAAACUUGCCGACUUCCAAAAUGAACGCGACAGUAUCAACUCAAAGUUUGACAACGACGCCCAACUGCUGGAGAAACUGCAACGAUCCAACGUAUACAACGACACUUUCUGUAUCAGUCAUGACGGCACUUUUGCAACCAUCAACGGCUUGAGACUGGGUAGAACAUCCAGCAAGCCUGUGGACUGGCCCGAGAUCAACGCUGCCUGGGGACACGCCCUUCUCUUGCUUGUCACGGUGGCAGACAAGCUUGGUUACAAGUUUGAUGGGUUCGAGCCGCAGCCGAUGGGAAGCACCUCAAAGAUAAUCCGAUACGAACUUCCAUCUCCAGCCGCCAGUCGCUUGGGGUCGCAUCGAAACGCGCCCCCGCCAGCGCCAAAGAAGCAUGUUUUGGAGCUCUUCUCAAACGGAGACCUGCCUCUUGGCCUGACAUUCAUGCACCGCAAAUUCGACAAUGCCAUGGUUGCGUUCCUCGAGCUUGUGCGGCAGCUCGGCGCCUUCGUGCACAGGCAGACUGAAGCCGGUGGCCAUCCACUCAGUCUUCCCUAUAAGAUAGAGGGUGACAAGAUAAUGGACGUCAGCAUCAAGCUGGGUAUGACACAAGACGACGGGUGGACGAAGGCAUGCAAGCUUACUCUUACGUGCUUCGCUCACAUGGCAAAGACCAUCGACGAGGAGACCGGCUCGACGGUGAGCUUUCAGGAAGUCGCCUUUAGGCGUGUUGUACCCCCGAGCGACGACAAGUCUCUGGUUCUUCAACAGGACACCCAAGACACCACAACCCCAGACGUACUAUAUGUGUUGCAUUAUACUGGAGCGGGUGGCAAGAUUAUCAACACCCGAGAGAGCGAUACGCCAUUCAAGGAGAUCCCCGACUACGGAGCCGAUGAAGGCGAGAGCACAUCAAAGCGUGCGGUAGAGCCUGUUAUCGAGAUCGUCACGAAGGUCUCGUCUGGCACCAGGGGCAGAUCUCCUCGGCGCAUCCGCCAUCCCCCACCCGUGCGCAACUUCGACGAUGACGACGACUUUCUCUCGAGCUCUUCCGAUAGCGAAGACGAUAAUGCAUCUGACAAACCGACCAGGGUUGAACGUACCCGAAUGAUCAUACAUUCUCAGAAUCUCAUCAACGCGUUGAGAGCUAUUGUGUCCUAUUACCCUGACCUAAACCUCCUCGGAGAGACAGUCAAGAUUGAUGCACCCUACCGUGCCGUCGUGCAUCACCGCGAAGCACUUUCCAGGUACAAGUUUCACCAGCCGGCGCAUCACUCAUCCGACUAUGCGCGCGUGACAGCAGAGCAUAUCGAUAUCCUCUUGAACUUCAUUGAGCAGAUCCUUGGUGACUCCAUCCGCAAGGAGGAGGAGCGGUAUGCGCGCAACAUCCCCGUCGCCACAUUUGAUAACUACUGGAUGGCGCUCAAGCCUGGAGAGGUCAUCUAUGCCAACAACGAGGAUGUCUGGCAGCCGCAUAUCGUCAGCACAUUGAGCCAAGAGGCGACAUCUGACGGAUACAGACGUCAGUGGCUGGUCUCCUGCUGGUUGCUCGAAUUGGCCAACAGCAAGAUCGUGCGGAAGAUGUUCCAGUACAGACUGCCUUCGUGGACUGGCGAGCAGGUCAUUCACUCAUUGGACGUCAUGCCGGCGAGGUUCUUCCCUGGUGACCCCGAGAAGAUGCUGCAAAAGCAGAUCAAGCUGGGCAAGUUGUACUGGGAGCUACUUCAACGCCCAACGUACAUGGAGUAUGAUGGCUUGUUGGUGCAGAGCCCAAACUCCCGAAUUGGGCCUGCAUUCCGUGAGCCUUCAGGCUACAUGACUGGCCGUGUCAUCUGUGAUGCUGACGGUUACCCUCGAUUCGCAAUGCGUUCCCCGGAGAACCAAAACCGCCAUUCGCGCAAUGGACCUCGCUUGCCCCCAGUGCCUAUCAACCAAGGACCUCCACCGGCGCAGGACCAUUUACCAUACUUCCUCCCUCGUUGUGGCUGCGAUGUUUGCAACGCCGCCAAGUUUGAGAACGAGCCAGGCCCAUUCGCCGCUUUCAUCAAAGUCAGCCCGAAGAAGUCCGCCCCUCCAACUAGUGACCUGUUCUACAUCGCUUGCACCAAAGUCAUCCCUGCCUUCCUUCUCGGCGAGCGCAGAUGGGGCCACUUAAACCUCGAGUGCCUCAAGCCUGUCGUUACCGACCGUGAUGCCUUCAAGUACCUCGUCCUAGACGACGAGAUCAAGAUGACGGUCAAAGCCCUCAUCGGCAAGUUCGCCGCCAGCGACUCCGGCAGCGUCUCCCCUUGGGGCAACGACUUCGUCAAGAACAAGGGCGAGGGCCGCAUCUUUCUCCUCCACGGCGCCCCCGGUGUCGGCAAGACAUGCACCGCCGAGUGUGUGGCCGAGCUGACCAACCGGCCCCUCAUCUCCCUGACCUCAGGCGACCUCAGCGUCCACUCAGACAGCGUGGAGAACAAUCUCUCCUACUUCCUCGAGCUAGGCCAGCGCUUCGGCGCCCUCGUCCUCCUCGACGAGGCGGACGUCUACCUCGAGCGUCGUCGCGCCAAGGACAUCGCCCGUAACGGCUUGGUCUCGGUCUUCCUGCGCGCCCUCGAGUACUACCGCGGCGUGCUCUUCCUGACGACGAACCGCGUCCAGGCCUUCGACGCCGCCUUCACGUCCCGCAUCCACGUGGCGCUGCACUACAAGAACCUGAGCGACCUUGACCGCGAGCGCAUCUGGGCCAACAACUUUGAGCGGCUAGACAGGGACUCCAACGGCCGCGUCAGGGUUUCCGUUGCCACCCGGGACUACGCGUACGAGUCGAGGGAUGUGCGGUCCUUGCGCUGGAACGGCAGGGAGAUCCGCAAUGCGCUGCAGACUGCGCUUGCGCUUGCUGAGAGUGAUGCUGCUGACGAGGGGAGCGAGAAGAUUACCGUCAUGGACAAGCAUCUCAGAGCCGUUGUGAAGAUGAGUCGUGGUUUCAGGGACUAUUUGCGCAGCGGGAGUGUCUAUGAUGGCGAAAGUGAGCUUGGUAUUGAGGAUGAGGAAGAGGAAGAGGAGAUCUACUCGGACUAG